AUCGACGGGAGGAUAGAGGCAUUGGGAAAGCCGGACGAGUGGCUAAAGGAUCGAAUGGAGUGUCUGUUAUGUUUCGAAAACGUGACAGGGCUCCUCGUCAAUGGCUCCGGUCUCAUCCAUGGCCACGGUGAAGCCUGGUGGGACUCUGUUUCUCAUUCGCACCGACCUAGAACGGUGAGAUUCAACGGGGUAAUAAACAUGGUGUAUAACGGUCUCACACAAAAGAACAGUCCCAAGAAUCAUAUUUCAGUGCAUAAUUGCACGAAUGCAACGCUAUCAAAUCUUCAUCUAAUCGCACCUGGAGAUAGCCCGAAUACCGACGGGAUCGAUGUUUCGUUGUCUAACGGUCUUCAAAUCUUAAACUCUUCCAUCGAAACAGGCGAUGAUUGCAUAGCGAUUAACAGUGGUUCAAGAAAUAUAAGCAUAGCCCGUGUGGCAUGUGGACCAGGUCAUGGUAUCAGCAUCGGAAGCUUGGGAAGAGAUGGAGCCAACGAGACGGUGGAAAACGUGAAGGUCUGGAACUGCAGCUUCAACGGCACUCAGAAUGGAGCAAGAAUCAAGACUUGGGCUGGAGGGUUAGGGUUUGCAAGGAACAUUCUCUUCGAAAACAUUACAUUGAUCGAUGCGGACAACCCUAUCGUCAUCGAUCAACAUUACUGUAACGGCGGCCACGAUUGUGAUCACGAUAAGAAAACGGCGGUGGGGGUGAGCAACGUGACGUUCAGAUAUUUCGAAGGUACGUGCACGGGCGAGACGGCGAUAAAGCUCGACUGCGACAAGAAGACGAGAUGUCGGAAGAUCGUCAUGGAUCACAUCAACAUUACGUCUUCUCCUUCUUCUUCGGAAAGGAAUCUAAAUUCAUAUUGCAGAUUCGCCGACGUCGUCUCUCGCUUUGUCUCCGUCGAUCUCAGUUGCCUUGAUUCCGAAGACUGUCUGCCUCCGGCUCCAUACUGACUGCUUCAUAACAUUGUACACUAAUGGUACAACAUACAUAUACAUUCAGUGGCAGAUCCAGAAAAAUUUUUCG